AUGGGGACGCGUGUGCUGGUUAAUUUGGCGUCAGUUGCCAGCGGAGGCGUCAUAUUAGUGACACUUAUUGUCGUGGGCAUUCUUUUUCGAGACAUUAAUAGUCUAUACUAUGAGGUCUUAGAUGAUAUGGACGAAUUUAAGACACUGGCAAAUGAUGCCUGGGACGAGAUUAUGAGUGUUCAUGGCAUCCAGAAACAGGGCUCACCAGCUGUAGGGAUAAACCCAUUUGCCAAACUACUGUCUCGAAACAGACGACAAGCCGGUUUACCAAAGCACUGUCAAUGCAUUCUACCUAAUCGCUGUCCACGUGGCCCACCAGGACCACCAGGAGAUCCAGGAAUACCGGGGGAGGAUGGACCGCCAGGUCCAGAUGGACGAGACGGACCAGAUGGUAUUCAAAUUUCAUAUCCUGUUGAUAAGCCUCCAGGGUGUGUUAAGUGCCCCCCAGGACCUCAAGGACCUCCAGGCCCUGAUGGCGAAAUGGGUCCAGCGGGCCCUGACGGACAUCCAGGAUUACCUGGACGGCCUGGACAACAAGGACCACCAGGACCACAGGGACCUCCUGGAGAACCCGGACCAAACGGCCCGCCUGGUCUACAAGGUGUCCGGGGACCUCCGGGUGCUAAUGGUAACAAGACAGUUAGUAGACGCGGACCAAAGGGACCUCGCGGACCUAUGGGACCUAUGGGACAGCCAGGGCCCAACGGUGCAGAUGGUGAAAAUGGUCCACGAGGUCCAAGAGGACCACAAGGUCCACCUGGUAGUCCAGGGCCACGCGGUAAAGACGGACCUCUAGGACCGCAAGGUGCGGCUGGACCUAAUGGCUUAGACGGUUCGUAUUGCCCUUGCCCACGGCGAACUAAUAAUAUUGUUCCACCAUCUCCUUGCGAUCCUGUACUGCUUACGGAUCAAAACUUUCCGAAACAAAGUUUGGAUCGGAAGCGAGUGGCUGCAAAAUCGCGAGUGCAUGCCGCCAAAACUGUGCUCAGGAAAAACACUGAAAAGCAGUAA